AUGUCGUCGUGGUCUCCUUAUUCCACGCCAGAGGCCGAAGCGGGGGGCUCGGCAACUCUCGUCCUCCGGAUCCUGUCGGCGGCGAAGCGGGCGACGUCCUCGAAGCUCUUCGGAUCUGGGAGCAGCUUGCCCACGAAAGGCCGCGGCAACGCAAAGAGAAUGUUCAACAGGAAAGAGAUCUCCGAGAAUGAACCUAAUGCAAUCGAUGCAUCUUACUCGAGUGGUGAUGUGAUUCACGACUAUAGAUACAGUGCGAACGGGUUCAGUGCUUCGGCCCAUUGGCGGGCGAAAGGCCGCGUGGCAGCAACGGAGAAACUCCACGAGGAACGACUUAGGGACCGCCGGCGACGCCACCGACGACUUCAACUAGUCUCCACCAUUCGCCACUAUUUUGCAAAAGAGGCCCUUCUGUCUUCCAAAAUAACGUCGAACACCCUCUUUGCGUCGCGGCCACCUUUUACGGGAAAGCGGCUCCCGGAGCCGAAGAGCUUGGAGGACGUCGCCCGCUUCGCCGUUGACAGGAUCCGGAGGACGAGAGUCGCCAAGACCCCGCUUCGGCCUGUGGCGUGGAACAAGGAGACGACGUUGUCAUCCGUGAUGGAUUUGGCGGACCUGCCGGAGGCCAGCGUCCCACUGAAGGAGGAGGUAGCGGACUGCGCGCGGCGGUGGUUCCAGGACGCGCUUAAGGAAGCCAGGGCCGGUGAUGUGUCGAUGCAGGUCCUUGUCGCUCAGAUGUACCAUAGCGGAUACGGGGUGGCGAAGAACGAGCAAAAGGCAAAUGUGUGGAUUACAAAAGCCUCCAGAUAUCAGUUAGCAGUUCGGAAAGUCAGCGACAAGCAUCCAGGGUUUGCUUUGUCCAAGGUCAGUUCAUAUUUGGCCACUGCAUUCUUAGAUUUCUGUUUUGUUCGGAAGAUCCACUGUGUAUCAAUCAAUAAAGUUUCCAUGAGUUCCUGAAGCUUCAUGCAAUCCAUGACUAGUGAUCCAGAAUGUGUUUCAGGUCUUUUCGGCUAGAUGCCGCUUUUGUUACUAAGAAUUGUUUGAUGUUUCUACUUUUGUGAAUGUUUAGAGUUGUCGACCUUCACUCUAUCUUAAGGAAACAUUUUUGAAUGAAAUUUCUUGAUAAGUAAAUAUUCUGGAGUGUUCAUAA